CCACAGCUUUUCGAAAUUAGUUCUAGUGAGUCUGUGAAAGUGUGAGCGACUGCGAGGCGCGAUCAAUUGGCAAACAACCGCAAGCGGAUCAACUGCUCCACACGCCACGCCGAAUACCGUUGGAUAGCGCCGAGCACAGCGCCGAAUAUAAGAGCGGACUGGAACUGGACCACGCCACCCACAAGCGCCACAUCACAUCGCAAGCCGAACACACACACAUCACGUGCAACAUGUCGCAUCAGUGCAGCUGCGGUCGCGACCUCAACAACAACUACGUCUCCUACACGAACGCCUACGCCAACGCGAACGCCUCCUUGGACCGCGAGGCGGCCACCAGCGGCAAGUCCUCCGGCCCGCCGCGCGCCCAGCUGACGGCCAAGGUGAUGUUCGGCACGGUGGGCGCCAUCAAGGAGCUGCGCGACAAGGAGCAGCAGCAGCAGCAGCGGCAGGCGGCACGGGCGGGCGAGCGGCGCAACUGAGUGCGCGGGCGGGGGCGGUCCAAGGCGGUCCGAGGGGCGGGACGACCGGCCGCUGGAGCGGUCGAGUGCUGUGCUGUGGGUUGUCGGCGGGGGAUCUCUGGCUGAUCGCAGGAGGACGACACGGAUGCUUGGAUGGAGCAUUGCAGAAUUCGCGGGUCUCCGGAGAGCUGACUGGAGUCCAAGGAAGGAGCCCGGUGUGGAUCCGUGGAACUGCCAGGAGUGAAUCCAAGUAGCCCGAGUCGUUUGGGGCACUGAUAGCCCCAGUGGGCGAUCCCCGGAUCACGUUAGAGGCUUCGAGUGUGGCCAGGGGCAGGGCAAUCUGUGUAACGACAUUCCUUCUCAACAAUAACUAUCCAAAAACGAAAAAACCGAGUACAUCACAUAUUUAUACACCCUUCUUGUCUGCCACACCAGCUCUAACUCUCCCUCCACCUCCCGUUAGCUUCGGCAGAACUCUACAAUUCGGUGUAAAUUGUUUAUUACAUAUAUUUAUAUACUACAUAGUGCAAUACUUUAGCUGUACACGAACACACACACACGCCUAGCCGUAAGUUUGUUUUACUUUGUAAGUGCACACGCAUACACUCACCCAUCCCACAAUGUUGUUUCAUUUGUUUUGUUGUUCACGCGCUCCGCGAUUUUCGGGCUGCGAGUCUGGAGACUUCCAGGUGUCGCCCGCAGCUCGAAACGCAAGGCACGUAGCCCACUCUCCACCUCUCCACCUCUCCACACCCCUCACUUAGUCCAUUUAGGUGUAACUAUGAGUAAUCCUUAAUGCCUACUACUGUUACCACUCUAAUAAUCAUAUUGUGUGUGCCGCGUGGCGAGAGGAAGGCGAACCGAAAUGAAAAACUUAAAAUAUUUGCUCAAGUGAUUCGUACUAAAAUGGCAGCGAAACACAUGGAGCCGCAUUAAUGGAGACUCGGCUGGCGUGCUGCACUGCGAAUGCUUCGGGAGAGAAUUUAGUUUGGAGAGCGCGCGGCAUCCCCAAUAUAGUUAUUGUACCCCUAAAAUAAUAUUAAACGUAUGUACUACACCUAUUUAUAGAGCUAAUCCCAACAAAGGCGAAUAAAAUCGAACUUUUAAUAAACUGAAAACGAAAA